AUGCGACCAGACGGCCCAAGGGACGAUUUCGCCGGCCCCAACGCUGGACCAGAGGCCCCGUUUCCCAUCCGCAUGUCAGGGCCAGUGAUCAAGGGUUUUGGAAGAGGCAGCAAGGAGCUCGGUAUUCCUACUGCAAAUAUCCCCGCAGAGACGCUGUCAGAGUAUCCUGAUCUCCAGCAGGGCGUAUACUAUGGCGUUGCAACCCUGGACCCGUCACAGUUCAAGCAUACCCGCACCGAACAUGAUGAAGCCGAUCAGCCAGCAGCAAAGAGCGGUACUGAUAUCUUUCCCUGCGUGCUGAGCAUCGGCUAUAACCCGUUCUACAAGAAUACCGUCCGCUCAGUGGAAAUUCACAUCCUGCCCCAUCUAUCAAUGGAGUCGUCUCCGUCUUCUGCUGAUACUGAUACGUCCGGCCAACGUCCACUAUUCCACCACUUUCCUGAUUUUUAUGGCACGGCGCUUAACCUGCUUAUUCUCGGCUAUAUUCGACCUGAAUAUGACUACGUUAGCCGUGAAGCACUGAUUGACGAUAUUCGUAUCGACUGCGAUGUGGCUAGACGUAGUUUGAAACGAAAAGCAUAUGCCCUGUUUUUAAAUGAUGACGAUUCUUCAGACGAAAAGGCCAACGAGGCAAGGAAAUGGCUCAGGGAGUUUUAG